AUGGACGCUCACAAGCAGUUUCCGACGCUCGUGCAGCUGGAGCAGCGAGAAGGGACGCUAUUCGAGGUGCUCGAUAACCUCAGCAAACGGCCCCACUGGUUCCACUCCGAGUUCCUGAAGAGUCCGAAGGCAGUCCACCUGGAGGCCUGGCUGGUGGAAGCGAUCUUCCGCCCGGGCGGAGAGGACAUCCCGCACGUCGAGUGUGCGUCCCACACCUUGCUUCGCGUGAAUCAGUGGGACCCUGAAGGCGAAGCUGAGAUCUUGAUAUUCGGGCGGCCUUAUUACCAGAAGGACGUAUCUGAGAUGAUCAUGAACUUGGCAGACUAUCACCGCCGGCUCCGGGCGCAAAGCUCAGAGAAGGCCCAUGGCCAAGAGGCGCCUGCUCCGGAAACCGAGACCCAGCAGUUUCCUAAUGCUGUCCGGGAGGUCGGGACACAGUGGUCUCCAGACGCGGUGCAGGAAGCAGAGACCCAGCGGUCUCCCCAAGCUGUCCCUGAAGCCGAGACUCUGCAAUAUCCGGUAGAGACCCGUGAGGCUGAGACCCAGCGGUCUCCCCAAGCUGUCGCUGAAGCCGAGACUCUGCAAUAUCCGGUAGAGACCCGUGAGGCUGAGACCCAGCGGUCUCCCCAAGCUGUCGCUGAAGCCGAGACUCUGCAAUAUCCGGUAGAGACCCGUGAGGCUGAGACCCAGCGGUCUCCCCAAGCUGUCGCUGAAGCCGAGACUCUGCAAUAUCCGGUAGAGACCCGUGAGGCUGAGACCCAGCGGUCUCUGGUCGAGGUCCGGGAGGCCGGUACCCAUUGGUCUCCCGAGGCUGCUGGCGAGACGGAAACCCGUUGGUCUCCCGAGCCUGCCCAAGACCCGGUUACCAGGUUAUGAAGGCAUGACAGGCCCAGAACGAGAGCCAGGCAGGGACUAAAGUGGAAGCCCCCUUGAACCUUAUUCUUCUAGAUCCUACUUAUGCCCCUAAGACGGGAGAGAAUGGUAUGGGUUUGUUUUUGUUUUUCCCUUCUGUUAAACGUUUGCAGACACGAACUUGAGUGUUCUAAUAAAGAAUUGCAUUUC